ACUAGAACAACAGUAUUGGAUCAAAAUUUUCCACAUUUGAAUCAUUCUUGCUUAACUUGUUCCUAAAGCCAGCCCCAAUUUCGAACUGAUAUAAUACACCACAUUGUGUUUCCAUGGCUUCUAAGUCCAACAAAACAAGGCUUAGGCUUUGUAGUUUUGUCUAUGAAGGGAUGAAGGAUCGCAUUGAAAGAUUUGCUGUUCUUCCUUUUGGCAUUGGCUGCGCUUCUCAGUCCAGCGUUGCCAUUGGCACAAGUGAUGAUCAAACAAGAAAACCAAAAGCAGAAACACAAAACCCACCUCCACAUGUAACAAACGACGGAAAAGCACAAGGAGCAAAAGUGAAGAACAUUCAUCGUUUUCUGAAUCUUAGGAAGAGUCACAUUUCCAGUGGGAUUGAAAGAUUGAUCAGAAGCAUCAAAAGUUUGUCUCAAAUAUUUGUUUACAAGGAAGAGAUUGAGGAAGAAGAGGAGAGAGAGAUGGAAAUUGGGUUGCCCACAGAUGUGAAGCAUGUGACACACAUAGGAUUGGAUGGGUCAACAACUACCAAUACAAACGGAUCCAUAAAAGGCAGCUGGGAAAAUUUCAACAAUGCUCCAGAAAUACUCUCUUUCCCUUCAAUUUCUUUAAAGCAGUUUGAGUUCGCCAUGGCUGCACAGACCACCCACCAGCCUCAGCCGCUCCUUGUUGAUGAUCGAAGGACGCCCACAGAUGUUAAUUAAUUUUAAUUAAUCGAAGCUAGAGCAUGCUGUGAUGUGUUUUGAUUAUCUUAAUCAUCAUGUCCACGUCAACUAAUUAAUUACAGAUUAAGCAUGCAUGGUUUGGACUGUUGAAUUUCUGAGGAGGUGGGGGUGGGGUGAUGAUCAUGUCAAGAUCAGUUCAUGUUGAAUUUUUAUUGAUGGAAAUUGAUUAGGGUGCGUGGAGUGACAUUAGUGGAGCUUAGAAUAUUCAUAUACUGAAUCAUUUUCAUAGUCUUUGCGAUGUUAAAUUGACCACCCGCACAUCAAGGUGUUAAGGAUUGUUUUUGCAGAAAUUAAGAAAGCCCAAGGGUUGAUUUGGAUGUAAGGAAAUAAGAUUAUGGAUUUGA